CCGAGCGGGGCCGGGCAGGAAGCGGCGGUGACGGGCACGGCCCGGCGGACACGCUCCGUCCCGCUCUCCUCCUCCUGCUGCUCCUCCUGCUCCGCGUUCCUCCCCGCCCGGGCCCCGCGGAGGUGGCCCGCUGCCGCCGGCCGGCACCAGGUGCUGGAUGCCAUCGAGCAGCACUCGUGCUUGCGUGGGAAGGAGAAGGAAGGAGGACACGAGAGUAGGAGAGUCUGGAGGGCUGGGAGCACGGGACAAUGCUGCUGGGAGGAAUGUGAGCCACGGAGCAUGGUUGGUGCCACAGCUAUCCAGGUGCUGAGAGCUGUCUGCAAACGGCUUUGUCGAUGAGGGGAGGAGCUGGCUGGGACCUGAGAGCACAGAGCAGUUCCUGACACGCUUCACCAUGCGCAAAGGGGUGCCAAAGGACCCAGAGAUAGCUGACCUGUUCUACAAAGAUGAUCCCGAGGAAAUAUUCGUGGGUUUGCAUGAAAUCGGACAUGGAAGCUUCGGAGCAGUUUACUUUGCUACGAAUUCCCACACUAAUGAGGUGGUGGCAGUCAAGAAGAUGUCCUACAGUGGAAAGCAAACAAAUGAGAAAUGGCAGGAUAUCAUCAAAGAAGUCAAGUUUCUGCAGCAGCUGAAGCACCCCAACACCAUAGAGUACAAGGGCUGUUACCUGAAGGAGCACACGGCGUGGUUGGUUAUGGAGUACUGUUUAGGAUCAGCUUCUGAUUUGUUAGAAGUUCACAAGAAGCCACUCCAGGAGGUGGAGAUUGCUGCCAUCACCCACGGUGCCUUGCAGGGGCUGGCCUACCUGCACUCUCACUGUAGGAUCCACAGGGAUAUUAAAGCUGGAAAUAUUCUUCUAACAGAACCAGGUCAAGUGAAACUCGCUGAUUUUGGGUCUGCAUCUAUAGUCUCCCCUGCCAACUCUUUUGUGGGAACGCCUUACUGGAUGGCACCAGAGGUGAUCCUUGCGAUGGACGAGGGGCAGUACGAUGGCAAGGUGGAUGUUUGGUCCCUGGGGAUCACCUGCAUCGAGUUAGCUGAAAGGAAGCCUCCACUUUUCAACAUGAAUGCAAUGAGUGCCUUAUAUCACAUAGCCCAGAACGAUUCCCCUAGGUUACAAUCAAGUGAAUGGUCAGACUCCUUUAGGGGAUUUGUUGAUUACUGCUUACAGAAAAUACCUCAGGAAAGGCCAUCAUCAACAGAUUUGUUACGGCACGAUUUUGUCCGCCGGGAGCGGCCGCCCAGGGUGCUCCUAGACCUGAUCCAGAGGACCAAGGAUGCAGUGAGGGAGCUGGACAACCUGCAGUACCGGAAAAUGAAGAAAAUCCUCUUCCAGGAGACACGGAAUGGCCCCCUGAACGAGUCCCAGGAGGAGGAGGAGGACAGUGAGCAUGGAUCAAACCUGAGUAGGAAGAUGGACAGUCUGGGCAGCAACCAUUCCAUCCCCAGCAUGUCUGUGAGCACAGGCAGCCAGAGCAGCAGUGUGAGCAGCAUGCAGGAGGUCCUGGAUGAGAGCAGCCCUGAGCUGGUCAUGAUGCAUAGUGACGAGAGCACCAUUAAUUCCACCUCCUCCGUUGUUCACAAGAAGGAUCAUGUAUUUAUAAGGGAUGAGGUGGGCCACAGGGAUCGCAGGCCUGAGGUGCGGCCUACCCAGUCAGUGCAGAAUCAGGCCCUCCACUACCGGAACCGAGAGCGCUUUGCCACAAUCAAAUCAGCAUCUUUGGUUACAAGACAGAUCCAUGAGCAUGAGCAGGAGAACGAGCUGCGGGAACAGAUGUCAGGAUAUAAGCGGAUGCGGCGCCAGCACCAGAAGCAGCUGAUCGCCCUGGAGAACAAGUUGAAGGCCGAGAUGGACGAGCACCGCCUCAAGCUGCAGAAGGAGGUGGAGACACACGCCAACAACUCGUCCAUUGAGCUGGAGAAGCUGGCCAAGAAGCAAGUGGCUGUGAUGGAGAAGGAGGCAAAGGCAGCUGCAGCAGAUGAAAAGAAAUUCCAGCAACAGAUUUUGGCUCAGCAGAAGAAAGACCUGGCGACCUUUUUAGAAAGUCAGAAGAAACAAUACAAGCUUUGCAAGGAAAAGAUUAAAGAGGAAAUGAAUGAGGACCACAGCACACCCAAGAAAGAGAAGCAAGAAAGGAUAUCCAAACACAAAGAGAACCUGCAGCACACACAGGCUGAAGAGGAGGCCCAGCUUCUCAGCCAGCAGAGACUCUACUACGACAAAAACUGCCGUUUCUUCAAGAGAAAAACGAUGAUCAAGAGGCACGAGAUGGAGCAGCAGAACAUUCGGGAAGAGCUGAACAAGAAGCGGACGCAGAAGGAGAUGGAGCACGCCAUGCUGAUCCGGCACGACGAGUCCACGCGGGAGCUGGAGUACCGGCAGCUGCACACGCUGCAGAAGCUGCGCAUGGACCUCAUCCGGCUGCAGCACCAGACGGAGCUCGAGAACCAGCUGGAGUACAACAAGCGGCGCGAGCGGGAGCUGCACAGGAAGCAUUUCAUGGAGCUCCGGCAGCAACCAAAGAACCUGAAGGCUAUGGAAAUGCAGAUCAAAAAGCAGUUCCAGGACACAUGCAAAGUACAAACUAAGCAGUACAAAGCACUGAAGAAUCACCAGCUGGAAGUAACUCCAAAGAGUGAGCACAAGACAAUUCUGAAGAGCCUGAAGGACGAGCAGACACGGAAGCUCGCCAUCCUGGCCGAGCAGUAUGAGCAGAGCAUCAACGAGAUGAUGGCCUCGCAGGCGCUCCGGCUGGACGAGGCCCAGGAAGCAGAAUGCCAAGCCCUGAGACUGCAACUCCAGCAGGAGAUGGAGCUGCUCAACGCCUACCAGAGCAAAAUAAAGAUGCAGACAGAAGCACAGCAUGAAAGGGAACUCCAGAAGCUGGAGCAACGGGUGUCGCUGCGCAGGGCACACCUGGAACAGAAGAUCGAGGAGGAGCUCGCCGCCCUGCAGAAGGAACGCAGCGAGAGGAUCAAGUUCCUGUUGGAAAGGCAGGAGCGAGAGAUCGAGACGUUUGACAUGGAGAGCCUGAGGAUGGGCUUUGGGAAUUUGGUCACAUUAGAGUAUCCCAAGGAGGACUAUAGAUGAGGUUAAAUUUCUUUGCCAUUUAAAAAAAAAAACACCAACAAAAACCACAGAAAGCAAACAAAGUGAGGAUGAAACUUGCAAACCCAACAUUCCCCAUGUUGACGGGCGUGCUCUCUCUCUUUCUGUCUCUCUUACUGACAUCGUGUCGGACCAGUGCCUGUAUAUUCUUAUCCAUCAGGGGCCCCUUUCCCCCGUCACGUCCCGGUGCAGGACAGCUCCUGGCAGUCUUUUCCAUAGUAUGUCACAGUAUUGAUGUCUCUGUGCAAUGAUUAAAAAUGUUUCAGUGAAAACUUUGGAGACAAUUUUAAUGGAGAAAAAAAAAAAAACAACAUAAAAAAAAAAGCCACCAAGUGGAUGUAUGUUGCUUCUGAGCAAUCACUCAUCUUACCACCAAUCAAUGAAAGUACAAGCAAAAAAAUAUUAAUAAUUAAAAGAUAUCUACGAUCCCAGGGGGAGAGAGACUGAAUCCGCAGCCUUACCUUAACUAGCUGCUGCAUAAUUUUAUUUUAUUUUUAUUUUUUUGGUAUUUAUUCAUCAGGAAUAAUUAAAUAAUAAAAAAAUUUUAUUAAAGAUUGAAAAAAAAUUUGAUACAUUUUACAGAAAAAAAAACUUAAUCGUGCUGUACAUAUCAGUGGUGACAUAUUAUUACUUUUUUGGGGGUGGGGAGGGGCGGGCAAUGACGUGGUGAUUUUUAGGAGAACCAUGCCAGGGGCAGCAGGGACGAGCCCUGGCCCCUGGGCAUAUUCUUGAUUGUAUCAUAAAUCAUUUUCUGCUGUCGCAGAGAAUGUGAAUACACUUAAAUGAGCCCACAGGAUCCCAGUAGCACAAAUUGGGCUUUGUCAAAUCGUGUAUUUUGUGUAUAGAAGGAAUUUAAGGAGAGCUUUUACUUAUUUUCAUAUUGUAUUUUAACUGUUUCUCUGAUCAAAAAUUUUUUUACUUCUUUCCCCCCCUCCCUUCCUGCUCCAGCCACUCCCCACUCUCCAGUUCUGUUCUGGAGCUCAACACUGUCUGUUAGAUCAUCCCAGCCCUUUUCAGUUUUUCUUUUAUUUGUUUUUUGGGGUUUUAUUUUUUUUUUGUUCCUCCCCCAAGUCCACCCCCAACCCCAUGAUCUUGGUCAUAAAUAUUGCAUUAUCCACACUUUCAAACUGUGUAUUUUCUUACAAUAAAAAGAGGAAAAAAAAAGGCUUUACUUCUUUUGCAUGCACUUUAAAAAAAAAACCAACAAAAAAAAAGGACAAAAAAACCAACAAAACAACAAAAACAUUUUUCAGGUUCCAGGGAAGAGCAUGAAUAACUGUCAGAGCUUUUAAUUAUAUUUGUAAAUAAAAGUGUUCAUCACAA